AUGGAGGCCGAGGAGGACGGGGCCGGCAGGGUCAGGGAGCUGCAGGAGCAGAGGAUGGCGGUUCAGAAGAAAACCUUCACCAAGUGGAUGAACAGCGUCUUUUACAAAAACGGGGUGAGACCGGAGGAGAAGAGGAGGAUAGAUGACGGAGAAGGUUGCAAAUUAGAUCACCGGUCGCUACAGCCUGCAUGAAAGCUGAUCCUCAGAUUUUAUCAGAAUAACAAUCAUUUAUUAGUGCAGGACACACCACACCUUCAAAAAACCCUGAAUCAGAGUAACAGAGCUCUUCUUCUCUGGUGUUGAACUUUAGGACAGGGUGUUCAGUCCUGCAGCGUUUCCAUGCCGGCUCUUUGUCUGUCUGUGUUUGUUGUUGAGUCUGUAGACACAUGCAGGCAGCUUCUCUAGUGUCCUGAUGACUGUAACCAACUUUGAUAAAGGAAACACAGACUCAGCACUUUUCUCUGCUGAAAGAACUGCUCAUCAGACGUAGAUUCUGCACAAAUUUGGCCAUUUUAGAUAGAUAGAUAGAUAUACUUUAUUGAUCCCAAGCUGGGAAAUUCUCAUGUUACAGCAGCAAAAAACACAAAAUGAAAUAAAAUAUAAGAAGUAUGUCCUUUUUUAUUUUUUGCUUUUUUGAAUUUAUUUAUUUAAUUUAAUUUUUUUUUAAUUAUUAUUUUUUAAUUUUUUUGUUUAUUUUAUUUUUGAUUUUUUUCCCCUCUCCUUUAUCAAAAGUUUUUGAGGUCGAACUCGUAAAUGCAGAGUAUAUUAAGUUUGUUAAUGAUAAUGAUACUAAAGGAUCUGAAUAAUAUCUUCACCAAACGUUCAUUAUCACACUGUUUUUGUUUUCUGUCAGUGUUUAAAACUCUCAGAAAUAUGAGAAAGUGUGACGCCUGCCGUGAUGAAGUUGGUGUUAUUCCCUCUGUUAUCAGUCACGUUUCUGCCUGAUAACCUGCAGUCCACCAGCUGCUGACACACUUCAAAACACACAUUAAUCAUCAGGUCGUGAUAACACACACAGAAACACACACACAGGGUAUAAAUAUCAGAGCAGCUCUGCCUCAUGUUCUGUCAGAGUCCAGCAGGUUCUCGUAGGUCUGGGUUUGAUUUCACGUCUUUUUUCUGAUAACUGGAUGACUGAUGAAGCUGCUGGCUGGACACGCUGCUGCUGUUCAUUCCCAGAAUUCCUCUGGGCUUUCUGCAGGAUGGCAGCAUGGAGGAGUAAAGCUGCAAAGCUGUAACACAUGUUUAUUGUAAACGCUCAUCCUGCAGAGGGAAUCUAGAGCGGUUUGUCUCACUGAGGCCAUGUUAUCUGCACCAACACAUGUUUUAAUCCAGUUACAGUGUCUUUAGAUGACAUCAAAUUCCCCACUGGGGAUUAUUAAGGUAUUUCUGAUUCUGAUUAACAUUGUUAGGCAUGAGAAUCUCAGGUAUAGUUUAAACUUCUUUAUUAAACAACUUUUUAAAUGGUCCUAUUGUUAAAAAUAAUCACCAGCUUGGAAUAUUUCGUACAGCACAGAAUGAUACUGAAGUGACAGUGAAGGGAUCAACACUCACUUUACUGUCCACUUCGGAGUAAUACUUCAUUUAUGUAAUACAUACUCCGGCCACCAGUGGCAGCACUGAGAAGGUGGCUGACCAACUCCACAGGAAUCAGGGCUAAAGAAGAAGUCACUGUUUGAGUUAGUUGAAAGUGUGGAUACGUUCGGACAAUUUACCUUUUACUCCCUCUCUAAAUAUUAUCAAUAAAACAUAAUAUAGUACUUUAUUUGUUAAUAUUUUGAGAAAAGUGCUCACUGUCCCCCUGACUACCGAAAUCUGUGGAUGGCGAUAAUGUUUUACAACCGCUGGUCGCUGUCCGCCAUUACAGUGGAAAAAGAAGUUUUCCCGCCCUUAUUGUACCUGUACAUGAAGCCGGUUAAAGUUACACCUUUAUGGAGGAAUAAAUCACUUUUUCUGUUACUGUACACAAUCGGAAACCAACUUUAUCCAACCUGUGAGCCGCCUGAGUGAGUGUGAGUGUAUUUUUUAUUUGUUUUGUUGUUACUCGGUGUUUAAAGUGUUUCGGUGACCGAUAUUUCUGAUUAUUAGUCGGUUAACUGUGUAGUUUUAUGACUUUUCCAAGUGUUCAGCUAACCGAAGCAGAUUGUCUUUGUCUGGACAGGGUGUGAUCCUUUUAAAAAGCUAAAUGUUAUUUUGGUGAUAGUAUUUAUAAACUGGUUUAAAAUGAUUUCAUUUUUGAUGAAAAUAAGUUUGAGUCUGACAUCUUGAAGACUGUUAGCUUUUAAAUGUUUGGUUAGGUUAUUAAGGUAACAUUUAUCACCUCUUGUUAGAUAACAUUAACCGACAGGAACUCAAACUAAUUUAUUUAUUUUUUUAGUUAAAGAAAAGCACAUAGAAUAUCAAAGUUAAGCUAUUUACUCAAAUUAGCUUGAUUUAAAUAUAAGGUGACUAUUUUACACCCAUAUUUACAUCAGUCAAGGUUUAGGUUUUUUUUGUGUAGGUUUACAUGUUAUUAUUCAUUUAUUUUAAGUAUGUUUGAGUUAGAAGAAAGUAUGUUGUACCAUAUUUCUAACCACUCAACUAUGAGUAAAUUAGCUCAGUAUAAAUCCAGUUGCAUGUAAUACAUUUGCAUAGUAGAUAAGAGUAGUAGUAUAUUUUCAUAGUUAUCUCAGUCUUUUAUGGCUAAUUUAAUGUUAUCUCAUAUUUUGUAGUAGAUGUGAUAAACUCGGGGUUAGUGUGUUAUCUCUUUGGUAAAGAGGAAUCAAACAGGUGUAAUCUACUUUGGUAACGGCUUCCCUUUUAACACAUUAUCAAGCAAGGAUUAUCAAUAUCAAUGUCAAUAGCAUUAUCAAUAUACAGGGCAGUGUUAAACCCAAAGACGGCUUUUAACAGAAGUUUUAACUAAAUUACUGUAGUCCAAAAUCUUUAAAUUUAAAAUGAGAUUAAAAGCUUCACAACAGUUUUAGAUUAGUUAAAUAAAAAAUGAGAUUUUGGUUAUUUUCUUUGAUUGUUCUAGUUUGAUGUUUUUGUAAUAAUAACAAAGUAGGGGAGAAUUAUAUUUGAUUAUUGUCAACAAACUUUGAGAGCUUUAUAACCAUCCAAAUCUGUUUUUGCUCGUAUUUUACAUGGUGACGGCUCGGUGUUCGAUUAUAUAAAACGCUGAAGAAUAUGAGUCAGGGUGUUCUUGUUUUGUCUCUCUCAGUAUUCAGUUUCCCAGAGGAAAAAAGACACAAACUUUGAAUCUGGGGAAGGAGAAGUUGAGUUCAGGAAGAACGUCAUGUUGGGCGUCGUUGGGCUUGGUCAGGGGAGACACUUGGUCUCAUGAGUGAUGUGUGUUAUGAAGUCAAAACACUCCUAAAUAUACAUUUGGAUGGUGCUUGUCUUGUUUCUAAGAAUGUCUCCACUUGAUGGGGUAGCUGGAUGUUACCUGACCUGCAGAUAAGCAGGAUGUCCUGCAGCAGAGUGGACACAGACGUUAUAUAACAAACACUUCAGGGGGAAGAAGCUCUCAGCUCUGAGGAUGAUUGAUGAGAAAUUAGCUUUUUUAACAUUGAACUUCCCACCACACGGAGCAAAGUUCACUCAGAGUUCUCUGUAUACAGCUCUGUUUGCAGCGCACAUUAUAUAACAUGUAGAAGAGCAAGAUGUACUCUCAUCAUUUGUUUUAGUACCUAAACAUCUCUAUAAAAAUAUUUAUGUGCCUUUGUACCAGCGUGUUUUUGUAGAAAGUCUUUUGUUUUAGAUCUGUGGGGACAAUAAGAGUUUAGGGUUUUAACUGUAAAUAAAAGGAAAAGUUUAGUCUUUAACCAUCUUUUACUUCCUGCAGGAGCGGAUCGAGCUGACUGACGUUUACACCGAGCUGAAGACCGGCCUCGCUCUGAUCCGUCUGCUGGAGCUCAUCUCCAGAGAAACGCUGCCAACGCCGAGCCGCCGAAAACUGAGGGUCCACUGUCUGGAGAACAACAGCAUCGCCAUCAGCUUCCUCAAGACCAAGGUAACUCACCUGUUCAACGUAUGUAGUUUAAAACUAACCUGUAACUUACCUGUCCAAGUCAUCUGGGAUCCAAAACCAGUGAAACUGACCUGAACAAGUCAGUCAGAGUUUAUGUGAAACACUGCAGCUCAAACCAAGGUGACUCACCUGCACAUGUUGAUUAGAGUCUGAAGUUUAGUAACUCAUUCAUUCAGAGGUCUAUAAACUAUUCUGCCUAAGGUGCUUCAGUGGUUCAAAUGAUUUAGAGUUAAAAACCCGCAGGAGUCAGCUGUCCAAGUCAUGCCGAGUGUAAAAAUACAACAAACUAACCUGUUCAAGUCGUUAAAGUGAGAAAAUUCAUUUAGAGUCUACAAACUAAGUUAAAUUCAGCUGAACUCAGUCGGCCUGAAAGAUUCAGACUAUUCACACCUUUCCGCGUCGUUCAAGGUCUAUAAAACAAUAAAAACACACAAAGGUAAUCCACCUGUCGGUAUCAUUUAGAGUGUCGAGACCUGAGAUAGUGACCGCCUAAUGACUGUCGGCACAUAAAGAGAAAAUUCAACACGCUGGGCCGCUGCUACUUUGUUUAUUCAGAUGGAAAAAGUCAUCAGAAAACAACCAUCAGUCCUUCACUGUCUCUGAAGGAACUCAAAAACAUCACCCCUGAUAUUUAAAGUCUAAAGACUGAAGAGGCUGACAGAUGGACCUCAGAUGUCAGAGAUCUUCUGUCAGAUCUCUAUCGGCUAAUAAAUAAGAAAUAAUGUGUUUUCUAUGUGGUCCUGUAAGUUCACAUCAUGACUCAGACUCCUCACUGUCUUUCCCGUCAGAUUCGGGUUGAUCUGAUUGGUCCAGAGAACGUGGUGGACGGAGACCGCACACUGAUCCUGGGUCUGCUGUGGAUCAUCAUCCUCAGGUUCCAGAUCGGACCGAUAAACCUGGACGGCGAGGUUUGGACUCGACCCAUCUGUGUUUACUCCACGUUUGAUUUCACUAAAGAUCAUCCAGACCCUCCUCAGAACUUCUCUCUUUUUUCACGGACGAUUCCUCCUCUUUUUCUCGCUCUCUUUUAGGCGGGCGGUGGAGGUAGCGUGGCUCACCGCUCGGCGAAGGAGGCUCUGCUGAUCUGGUGUCAGAGGAAGACUUCAGGUUACGAUGGCGUUGAUGUUCAGGACUUUUCAUCGAGUUGGAGGAGCGGACUCGCCUUCAACGCUCUUAUCCACGCUCACAGGUAACACACACUCACUUAGACACACAUACACAGACACACUUAGACACACAUACACAGACACAGACUAACUUUCCAUCAUUCUUCCCUUCAGGCCUGACCUGUUUGACUAUCGGCGUUUCCAUGGCGACGACCCCUCUCGUAACCUGGAGCACGCCUUCUCUCUGGCGGAGCGGGAGUUCGGUAUCAUGCAGUUGCUGGAGGUGGACGACAUGGUGGUCCCUCACCCUGACGAGAAGUCCAUCAUGACCUACGUGUCUCUGUACUACCACUACUUCUCCAAGAUGAAGCAGGGACAGACCAUCCAGAAGAGGCUCGCCAAGGUCUGAACCGCCACCGGGGGGCAGCACUGAGACACUGACUCACAUUAUAGGGCAUUUUAUACGCACAGGUUAAAGUUCAGGCUGCAGGGACACUAAAGGAGGAGGAGGAGUUAUUCAUGAGAGCGAUCAGACGAAUUAAGAAAAGAGUGUUUUAACGAAGCUAAUGAGCGAUCAAACCUAUUAGCCUGUGAGGUAAACAUAUGAAUCAUGACUUUUAGGAUCUGUAAUCAGAGACGUGACAUGAGAGAUAAUUCAGAUUUAAAGGUUUACAUGAGAACCUUCUCAGUCUGCCUUCAUUUAACACAACAGCUCCUCAUCUUAACCUCAAAGUGAACAUUUCCAGUCCAUUAAUAUUAAUAAGUCUACUUCUAUUAUCGAGGUUCUUUUUCAUGGUUUCCUCAGAGGACUGGUGACCCUGAGCUCGUCCUGAAAUCAUCUCAGCGGUUUAGAAAGAUAAUUUUGAUUUGUAUGAAGAUAUCCUAACAAAAUGACUUUUAAUGUAAACUGUCUUUAGUUUUAUUCAAGUGGUGAAACAGAAAAGCACACAGAAAAUCCACAUUAUGGUCUUCACCUCCAUCUGCUGGCCACUGAAGGAACUGCAGCUGCUGUCUGUUUAAAAUACAGGAGGUCUGUCUGCAAACACCGGCUGUUUUCACAAGAAACAAACAAACUUCUAGGCUUGGUUUCCUCCUAAAAAUCUGUUUUUUUAAUGUAAUCAUAAUUAUAAUGAGUCCAUGAAUACGUCGGUCUGAUGUCUCUAAAGCAGAAACCAAACAUCAGUUUUUCUCUCAGUAACAGAGGAACAGCUCAGUCCUCCCUGAAACCUCGCUCAUAUAUGUUAGUUUGUUAACCACUAAAACAAACACCUACAGGUGCUUUCACUUCCUGUCCCUCUGAUUGGCUCUCACUCUCUCAUGGUGACUGAUGCUAAUCCCUGAGGUCCCGCCUCCUGCCUGUCAGUCAGUGUGGAUUACUGCUGGAUUAGACUGGGGACUGACAGGACAGGACAGGACAGGACAGGACGCCCCCCGCUGACACACACACUCACAUUAUAUCAGUAUACCUCAGCAGAUAACAUGAAAACAGAGCCGUUCAGAGGUUUAAUGUUCAUGUUAGGGAGACUCUGAGGGAGAUGCAACAACUACAAAGCUGUAGUAAUCUGAUCAUGGAUAAACUAAAAUACUUGAUAAGUUUAAAAUGAGCUGUUAUUAAUCAUAUGAAGAUAAUUCUGCAGGGUUUAAUAAUAAUUAUGAAACUUUAAAGGACUGUAGGUGAUGUUCCCGUCAUCAGCGGGUGUAGAGACAGUCCAGCCUGGCGUGGCUGAAGUGGGCGUGGCUGCAGACUCUAAGCUAAUCAGAGCAGAUCACAGUGAGAGCGUUCAGAGGAGUCAUUCACAGAGCUACUGAGCUAACAUGAAGCGACACACCUGGACCUGCUGUUUACACCUGCACAGAGAGAACGGAUGAAGGGGAGGCUCAGGGUUCGCUCUGUUUCAGCUCAGCGGAGACUAAACUGAAGAUUUGUCUGAAGAUUUAAGAGGAAUAUGAUCGUUUUGUUGUUGUGUGGAGGCGCUGUUAGUGCUGUCAGGUAUCUCUGUUGGUUUGGAGAGCUGAGGAGAAGCUUCAUUGUUGAUUUAUGAUGAUUAUAAAAGAGUACAGAUGCUUCUCUUGAGUUUACUGACGUCUUCAUGCUGUGAUGGUUUAUUAUCUUUCAGAAAUGACGUCAGUUUGUGAGUUUGUAGCAGGUGAUCCAGGUGUGUCCACCUUCAGUGAUUUACCUGGAGUCACAUAAUGACUGUAAACCUGAACCAGGUAGAUCCAGGUGUGUCACAGGUUCACUGUGUGUAUGUAGAGGUGUAGACAGCUCCAGUGUUGGGGCUCAGGUCUUUUUCAGGUAACUCAGGUGUGUUUCAUAUCUGCUGUUGUCAUGGUAAUUAUGGUGUCUGUUGAAUCUCAUAAAACAGACGUGUGUGUGUGUGUGUUAGUGCUUCAUCAGGUGUGUCUCAGGUGGUUCAGUGAAGAUGUUUCACACUUUAACUGGAGAUCAGGAGUUUAUAAAGUGGUCCAGGUGUUUGAAGGUGUGAUCCAAUCAUCAAACUGAGAAGUUCAGGUAUAAAUUGGAGGUCCUAGAUUUGAGUCAGGAUUUAUUCAGGUCGAUAUUUAAGUCUAGAACCAGGAGUUAAACAGACUUCACCUUCAGCAGGUGAGAGCUGUCAGGUUGUGUUUGAGGUGUUUACCUGUGUGUAAGGCUGUAGGUGUGUGUGUGUGUGUGUGUGUGUAGAGUUGACAGUAUGUCAGUUGGAGGGAGUCUGAGCGGUCAGUGGGUGAAGAAGCAGUACAGGAGAGACUCCACCACCUUAUCCUGCCACAAGGUUAGUCUCUGCAGGAUCCUGUCCGGUUCUGACCGUUCACAGGGUCUGAAAUUAAGAGUUUGACUCACCGACAAAGACGGAGGAGAGAUGAAACAAAAUCUGCUCUCUAAUUUCACUUUUAACAGACAGAAUAAUAAACCUCACAUCCACAUUCAUUUGACAGACUUAAGAAAAGCUCGCCGGAGCAAAUUUGAAGACGAUUUUUUAUAAUAUUGUUCAUUUUAAUUCUGGAUUCAACUCUGGAGGCAGUUCUGUGGUGGUCCAAAUGGAAGAUCUCCCUCCAGAAUUAGACUCCUGUGCCGGUCCAGCCCCUGGUUUAAGAGAAGCGACUUUGAGCUUAAUAGAAAGUGGUUUUAAAAUCCUAUUUAAGUGUUUUUUGAGGAUCCUCAAAGAUCCAUCCAGGGUUCGCUGGAUCCAAAUCAAGAAGAAUUUGUCAAAGAAACAUUUAGUUGGGAAUAAAAAACAGAAAUAAAAGUCAUCUUUCACUUUUUUGGGGGGAUUUAUGAUCCUUCAUCUUCAGAGACGAAGAUUUAACUCUUUUAAAAUAUCCUGAUUAAUUCCAUCAUGGACUUUAGACUCAGAGGGAUUUUAGAAACAGCAGAUGAACUCUCCGUGUUUUCCUCAGAUCGUCGGGAUGCUGAUGGAGCUGGACGGCAUGAAGGUCCAGUAUGAGAGGAUGGUCUCGAAUCUGCUCCACUGGAUCAAAACAAAGGUAACAGAAAUAAACUCCUACGUUGUUCUGAUAUGAGAAACGAUGAGAGCUGCGGUUUGUGGAGCUGAACUUGUUGUCGACGAUGUUUGAAGGUGGUGCAGCUGAACGAUCGAGGAUUCCCCAACUCUGUGAGGGAGAUGCAGAAGCUGAUGACGGCGUUUAAGACCUACAGGACGGUGGAGAAGCCUCCUAAAUACCAGGUCAGACGACAUCACCACCUUUAGAAAACCUCCGCUUCACACUCGGCUGCACACCGCCCCAGCGCCUGGGAGCGUUUGUUUCACUUUUCUCCCUAAAUUGUUAAAAAUCUGGAUUUUCUUCGUCCGUCUGUCUUCAGGAACGUGGAGCGAUCGAAGCUCAUCUGUUCAGUCUGAAGACGCAGCUUGCAGCGAACAACCAGAGAGCGUACAACCCUCCGGAGGGUAAAACUCACACGUUUAUCAAAGAAACAGACUCAGAGUGACGGAGACGAUCAGACCCUCACCGCCGUGUUUGAAUGUCUCUGAAGGUAAAACCCUGAGUGACAUUGAGAGGAGCUGGGUCCUACUGGAGAGAGCUGAACACGAGCGGGAGCGAGCCCUGCAGGGGGCGCUGCUCCGCCUGGAGAACCUGGAGCAGCUCGCCCAGAAGUUUGAGAGAAAGGUAAGAAAGACUCUGGAGGUCCUCAGACCACCCUGAACCUCCUGAACUUCGAUCUGGUUCUUCUGUUUCCCAGGCGGCUCUGAGGGAAGGUUACCUGGAGGACACGCUGCGUCUGAUCCGCAGGCAGGACAUCCGAGGACUGUCCACCCUGGAGGACGCUCAGGCAGCCGGCCGGCGCCUGGAGGCUCUGUCCACUGACGCUCUGGCCCGAGAGCCGCGCUUCGCCGCUCUGAGAGACAUGGCCGAGACCAUCGAGAGAGAGAACUACCACAGCAAGGAGCAGAUCAGCAGGAGGUGAGAGAGACGCCGCGUUUUAGUGACAUCAUAACCAUCGGGCCGGUCUCUAACUGUGUGUGUUUAUCAGAGAGGAGAACAUCAGCCAUCGCUGGAAGGACCUGCUGCAGCAGCUUCAGGACCAGAGGGGGCUGCUGGGAAAUGUAGUGGAGAAUCUCAGCGUCCUCCGAGACAUCGAGCUCGUCUCCCAGGAACUGAAGGAGCUGCAGGUGAGUGAAGGUCAAAGUUUCAGCAGGAGCAGAAAACAAAAAUAAAACCCCUUCUUCCAUUUUCUCCUCGUCUUCUCCUCCUCCUCCUUCUCCGUCCUCCGUGUCUCCAGUCCCAGGCCGGCUCCUCUGAAGUGGGUAAACAGCUGGCUGAGGUGGAGUCUCUCCUCCAGAAGCAGGACCUCCUGGAGGCUCAGAUCUCCACUCACGGUGAAACCAUCAGCAGCAUCAGCAGCAGAGUGAUGAAGGUACGUCUCUGAUCUGGUCCACGGCUCGGUUCACUGAAGUUCACGUCUUCAGCUCUGAUCUUUGUUUGUGUCCUCCUCAGGUCAGAGUGAGAGACGGUCAGCAGAUCCAGAGCAGAGUGAGAGCUCUGGACACGCAGUAUAAAUCUCUGGUGUCCCUCAGCAGCAGCAGGUCCAUGAAGUUCACGACCUCCAACAUAAAACUGUCCAUCCCUGAUUUACAGAUUCGUCUGUCCUCUAACCGAGUUUCUGUCUCCUUCUGUGUUUCCUUCUUUGUUUCCUUCUCUCCUUCAGGAGGAGACAGCUGGAGGCUCAGCUCAGGCUGUUUGAGUUCUUCCAUGACUGUGAGGAGUUGGAGGCGUGGCUUUAUGAACGCUGGUUAAAGCUCCAGUCUGCCGGACUCGGACGAGACCUGAACCACAUCCAGCUGGCUCAGCACAAACACAAGGUUCGGAUUUUUAUGAUCAUGAAGAUCAUCAGAAGGAUCCCGACUUUAAAGACCUGCUGAAGGGUUUUCUGAUCUGAUAACGUCCUCUCAGGUUCUGGAGGCCGAGUUUCAGGCCCAGGAGACGCUGUACCAGGGGGUCCUGGGUCGAGGUCAGGACCUGCUGUCCAAACAGAACCAGCAGAACCAGAAAGCCAUCCAGAAGUGGAUCCAGACCCUGAAGAAACACUGGAGCAACCUGAGUGAGGAGGCGGUAGGACGCCGCGACAGACUGCAGGCGGCCGCCGCCAUCAAACAGGUAACAAGGAAAAAAACUCCUUAUGAACCCAACUCUCAUCAGCAGCUGUCUUUGGUCCGGUUCUGGUUCUGGUUCUGGUUCUGGUUCUCCUGACCGCUCUCCUCUUGUUCAGUACUUUGCAGACGUAGCCGAGGCCGACUCCUGGCUGGGCGACAGGAAGCCGCUGCUGACCAGCGAGGAUCACGGGAGGGAUGAGGCGAGCACGGCGGCUCUGCUGCAGCGUCACCAGCGUCUGGAGAAGGAGAUGGCGGCCUACGGUUCGGAGGUUAAGAGGCUGUCGGAGCAGGCGAGGAGCGCCGCACAGCUGACCGCUCUCACUGUGAGUACAGAGUCCGACGCCACAGUACUUCCUGUGUGAAGAAGAGGUUGACGGUCUGUUAAUCCUCUCGUUCAGGUGGAGCCUCAGCAGAAACCCAUGAUCCAGUACAGCGACUCAUCUGACGAGGAGGAGGCGGGGCCAGGACCUGUGAAAUCAGCCCCUAAACCCAGCCCCCGAGGUGGGAGGGUCUCUGGAAGCUCCGCCCCUCAGACUGAGGAAAGCAAAGCGAAAGUCCGCUUCAGAUACAGCCGAGGUAGACCGGACUUCUCUGACUCACCGCUGUCUGAGCGUUAAAGUGGAUCAGUGAUCAUGUUUUCGGUGGUAUUUCAGGUCAGUUUCAGUGGGACCGGGGCGAGAUCGUGACCAUCAUCAGCUCUGAGCAGGAUGACGACCGGGUUCUGGCCCGAGACAGCCGAGGAAACCAGCAGAUCAUCCCCAGAACCUACCUGAACAUCCAGCCGUCCUCGGUUCGAUCCCUGAUUACAGACUUCAUAACGCCUGAAAUCAAACAUGAAGGUUUUUAAGGUUAUUAAAAAUGUCCUCUCUCUGCUCAGGCUCCGCCCCCUGCCCCACCCGCCUCCACCAACGGCGUUCCAGAGAGCUCGACCAGAAAGCUGAGUCGUCCGAGGAGAAGCCGCUCGAUGCGUCGCAGCACGACUGAGAUCCAGACAUCAUGGCUGCCGGACCCGCAGUACCAGAGAGAGACUGUGGAGAACACGCAGGCUGGUCUGGACCAGGACUACAGCUCCCUGUACAACCUGGUCAAGGUGAGAGAGAGGGGCAGCAUGGGAAAUGGAGUCUCUCUGAGUUAAAAAAGUGAAGUUCAUCUUUUUUUGUGUUUGUAGUCGAAGAUGAGGAGUCUGGAGGAGACGCUGCGUCUGCAUCGAUUCUACAACAGCUGUCAGGAGUUUGAGUCGUGGAUGGAGGACAAGGAGAACAUCCUGAACACCUUCAGCACCGACACCGACAACCUGGGAGUGGUUCAGGCCAAAUAUGAGGUGAGGAGAUCGGAAAUAUGGGACACAUUAGUGACAUUAGAGGUCACCUUUUAAUGAAGGUUAUAAAAAAAAAAAACUUUAUUGAUGUUUGGAUGCAGAUGUUUACUUUUCAGAGUUUGAGCGUCUAACCCAAACUCUUAAUUCUGACGUGAUCAGAAACUUCUCAAAGUUCUCAAACUGAAGCAAGGAGAAGGAGCGGUAACCAUGGAAACACAGGAGCAUCCUUCUUUCAGUCUUUACCCCCAAUUUCCACCACAUCCUGAUCGUCUCCUAAAAGGUCGUAUCCUCCGAUCGUAGCUGAUCGUAACCAUUCAAGUUAACGUGUCAAUUUACACCGACUUCUUUCUGUCGUACGCCGGAGCAUGGCGGAUAAAUUCAACACAGAUUAACGCGUGCUGGAAAGGAAGUAGGGCAGUCUGAUUCUAGAAGUCUAGAAGUAGAUUUCCUCCUCUGGAAGGACACAAUCUACUGCUUAUAUGUCUAUGUGUCUGUCUUUAUAGAGACAACUCGUUAUCGUGAGAUUGAACGUUAAUCUGCGGGUUCUUGUGAGUUCUCCUGAUUCCUGCUGUCCGUAAUCCACCACAAAAUUCGCCUCACCAACAGAUGGUGGACGGCGAACAUCGCUGCUGUUCCGGAUACGGUGAAAAUUGGGGGUUAGACUGACAGACACGCCCCCGUGACAUAUCUCGCUCUGAUUGGUCGCUUAAGUAUCCAAACUUCUCAGACCCAAACCGUAAAACAAACAUCAGAAGAACAUUUACGAUUCAGAUUUCUGUCUGAUUUCAGAACUUCCUGACUGAGUUGGUGAGUGGGCGUGGCCGGUUGGAUGACAUCAUCAGGAUGGCGGAGGAGCUGGUGAAGAGUCGCCACAGUAAACAGAGAGAGAUUCAGGCCAGACAGAAGAGAGUUUCCAACAGGUACAAACUCACAACCUGCACAUCAGGAUUAUAGAACCGGGUCAGAAGAUCCGGGUCCUGGUUCUGAUGUGAGUCUGAUCUCCGGUGUCUGCAGGUGGGACCGGAUCCAGCAGCUGAAGGACGAGAAAGGACACGAGCUGCUGAGUACAGCCGACGUUCAGACGUUCCUGCAGAGCUGCGAGGAGGCCAAAGUCCAGCUGCAGGGUCAGAUGGACCGGCUCCACACCGUGGACGUGGGCUGCAGCUCCUUCACCCUGCAGAAGGAGGAGGAGAACCAGACUCAGGCCCUCAGAGACAUCCAGAUCCUGGAGGGCAAGAUCGCCUACCUGAAGAGCAUCGCCAAAAUGUACGGGACUGAUACGGGGACCACAAGAGUAAAAGUUUGAGAACGUUUGAGAGUAAAAUCCUGAAAUUUUGAUGUGAUUCUUUAUUUUCUCAGUAUUUCAUGUCCUCUGCAGACGUUCGGUUGUUUUCCUGAAGAUAUCUAGAUGAUAAAGUUCCAUCGGUGUUUUAAUUUAGUUUAAUUUAAAGUCCAGGAGAAAGUUGAAGGAAAAUCAGAGAGAAGAUGUUUCUGUUUGAGUGAUCUUCUCUGGUGAGGUUCAGGGAUUCGAAGGUCAUGAUGUUGUUUCCUUUUCUCCACAGGAAGCAGGACUGCAGUCCAGCAGAGAGUGCAGCGAUAGAAGAAGAGGUCCACGCCCUGGAGGCUCUUCUCCGUCAGGUUUGAGUUAAACCCAGUAGGUUCUAGAGGAGGUGUAGCUCUGAGUGUGAAGAGCUCUGAAGUCUAACUCCUCCCUGUUUGUGAUCCAGCUGAAGGGUCAGGCCGCGGACAGACAGCAGCUCCUGGAGGAGGCUCGCCGGCUGCAGAUCUUCCAGCAGCAGGCGAAGGAGCUGCAGCGCUGGGCGAGCUCGGUUCAGGACCGACUCCUGCAGGAGGAGACGGCCACCGAUGUAGCCUCGGCUGUCGCUCUGCUGGAGCAACACCAGGAGCUCCGUGUGGAGAUGGAGGAGCAGAGGAGGAGGUGACGGUUGUUUUUGUUCUAACCCUCAGAAAAUUCUCCACGUCAACAAUCUUCAGUUAAAAUCGUCUCUUUUUGAAUCUUUGGUUCCUCAGACUGAAGGAGAUGCAGAAAUCUGGGAAAUCUCUGCAGCGGGGGUCAACAGGGACCGCCGACAUCCAACAGACCCUGGACAAACUCACUGCUGAUUGGUCCAAGCUUGACAAGAUGUGGACCAGUAGGAAGGAACUCUUGGAGCAGGGGGUGGAGCUCCAGAGGCUGAACCAGGAAGGAGACCGCAUCGAGGCGACACUGUCCGGGCACGAAGCUCGACUGAGGGUCAAAGAUGUCGGGGUGAGGACGCUCCACUCUGAUCCGUUUUCCUGAAUCACAUCUGAGAGGAAAUAUCACAGACGGAUGAUUCAGUGUUUAAAGUGUGUCGUUUCUGCAGGACUCGGUGGACAGUGUCCACAGUCUGCUGGGCCGACAGGAGGAGCUGGAGGGUCUCCUCAAAGCUCUGGACCAACGAGUGAAUAACUUCACCGAGCGCAGUCAGGAGCUCAUCAACAACCAGCACUACGCCGCCAAACAGUAAGACGACGCAGAAACAUCAACUUUCAAACACGACAGUUCAACGUGAUCGAUCAAUGAAACUGACUGGAUUUAUAAACACGUGUGCACGUUAAAAAUCCGUGCAUGAGGAUUACAAACAUCUGAGCAUAGAUCUACACACAGCUCUUCAUAAUCUAGAUCUCUCUGUAAGCUUCAGCAUCACUCUAGACCUCAGUAACCUGUGAACAAAGACAUCGGUGUAAUUUUAUAGAUUUGAAGGCAGACUUUCAAAAUAAAAGCAGGUCUCUUUCUCACAGUUAACUCUCAGUGACACCUGUGUUCUCGUGUCUUUCCAUGUUUGUCCUGAAGCAUCAAGGAGAGGAGCAGGAGCAUCCAGAAGGCCAACAAGAAGCUGAAGGAGAGCAGCAGACAGAGGAGGAACCAGCUGUUGGCCUCAAAGACAUAUCAGGUUUUAUUUUUAUUAUUACUGUCAUCAGUUUAUUCUUCUUGUGUCUGGACAGUGAUCACUCACUCGCCCUGAUGUUUGGUUCCUCAGGAGUUCCAGAGAGACUCAGACGAGCUCCUGCUGUGGAUGGAGGAGAAGUUUAAGGUGGCGGAGGACGAGUCGUACCGAGACCCCACCAACAUCCUCGGGAAGCUGAAGAGACACGAAGCGGCUGAGAGGGAGAUGCAGGCCAACCAGGUUCGGCUGGACAGGCUACUCCAGGUAUGCGGCUGCUCUCUGGUUUCCAUGGCGACCACGUUUGAGCUCAGUGAACGGCAUCUCCACUCACCUCUGUUUGUGUUCAGCUGGGAGAGCAGAUGCUGGCUGAGGAGCACUACAACAGUCAGAGCAUCAGGAGGAAGUCCACUCAGGUCAGCAGCCGCUGGAAGAGACUUCAGGACAAGAUGGCCGACAGAGGAGACAAAAUGAGACAGGCGGGACAGCAGGAGCAGCUGAUGGAGCUGCUGCAGGUAAAGACGGAGGGAGGAGGUGCUGACAGGAGGAGGAUAAACAGAGUCAGAGGUGAAGAGGAAAAGACGAAAGACCAGCGGGGUUAUGAUGAACCGUUUGACUGUGGAAGACUCAGAUUCUUGAACUUAGUUUUUAUUUAAGUGUAAUUUAAAAUCAUGUACAGAUUCAUAUUCAUCAUAUCUGCUGUUUCAUAUACAAGGUGACAGUUUAGAGUCUCUGAUUCUGAUAAAUCUGUUCUCUCUAAUUAAUCAAUCAAGUUAAUAAAGAACAAAAAUCCACGAAAACGAACCAGUGACCAAAAAAACUGAGUCUGUGAUUUUACCUCGGCUGUUUUUCCCUCCAGGACGCCAAACUGAAGAUCGAGGCCAUCCAGUGGAUGCUGAAUAAUGCCGCCAAAGGUCACGACCUUCGCUCCAGCCGACAGCUCCUGAAGGUGAGACAGUAAAGCUUUAAUUAGAGGAGAUGUGGGUCCGGUUUGGCUCAGGGGUGGAUUCAUAAAAGUCUGAAACUAAACUUAGAGGUUCAGAUCAGCUCUGAUUCGAUGGAGGAGAUGUUCAUCUACUUCUCUGUGUUUCUGUGUGAAGGAGCAUCAACAGCUGGAGCAGGAGGCCAAGGAACUGGCGGAGAAGAUCAACUCCAUCGUCAGCAGAGCCAAACACCUGGCGUCCAACCACUUUGACUCUCAGAGGAUCCUUAAAGAGACGGACACGUACCUGACUCUGUGAGUUCAGGACUGUGGUUCAUGAAGAAGAAGUCUGUAGGACAUAGACAGGGACUGAAGGUCCUCCUCUGCUCUGAUUGGUUAGAUCCUCUGUGUUAGCUCUGACAUCGAUGUUCUUCAUUCAGGUUCAAGUCUCUCCAGAAGCCUCUGGACCGGCGUCGGGCUCAGCUGGAGGUGUUGGUGCUGCUGUUUGGGUUCUACCACGACGUGGACCUGGAGCUCAGCUGGAUCUCCGAACACCUUCCUGCUCCUGGAUCAACAGGAUACGACAAGUCUCUGGGCGGAGCCAUCAGCCUCAUGCAGAAACACAAGGUCCUCGCCGGAUCAGAACCUUUUUAGUCAGUGAUCAGAACAGAAGACCACGAGUCCACGCUGACUCUGUUUGUGUUCAUGCAGGAGCUGCAGGCAGAAGUUAACGCUCACCAGAAAUACCUGAAUCAUGUCCUGGAGAAGGGGCGGAGCUUAGCCAAAUCCCACAAAUCAGACGGCGAUGAGGUUCUCCAGAGGUGCAGGAUUCUCUCCGUGUGGUUAAUUUCAGUUUUAGAUCUUUAGGUAUUAACUUACGGUUUGGCUGUUUUCCUGCAGGUGCAGUCACCUGUGUGCAGAGUGGGAGGAGCUAGAGGAGGCCUGCAGCAAGAGAGCAGCUCACCUGAGCAAGGCCAUCACGAGAGAACAGGUGAGAGGGACGGGGUUUCGUUAGAGAAGAGGAAGAGUUUAACGUAAAGGUGAACGUCCAGAAACACAGAGAGGUUCUUCUCCUGGUCUGGACUGAGUUUUGUGAAGGACUCUGAUCCGGUUUCUGGUCUGGACUGAGUUUUUUGAAGGACUCUGAUCCGGUUUCUGGUCUGGACUGAGUUUUUUGAAGGACUCUGAUCCGGUUUCUGGUCUGGACUGAGUUUUUUGAAGGACUCUGAUCCGGUUUCUGGUCUGAUUUGUCUCCAGCUGCUGUUGGACUGCUCAGAGCUGGAGUCCAGACUGACCGAGACUCUCAGUGUGGUGAACACGGACGACUACGGGAAAGACCAGCUGGCUACGCAGAGUCUCAUCACCAAACACCAGGUACCGCACACACACAAACACACACACAAACACACACUGAGAGGAGGAGACUGAGCUCUGGUCCACGACUUCUUUGUUCUAUAAAUGUGUGAGGGGAUCUGCAGGUGAACUUUUGUUUCUUCUGCAAAGUUUAGAUCCUAAAAAGUUGGAUUAAAUUUUCCCAAAGUGUCUGAUAAUAAAAUCAGUGAAACAAAACUAUAAAAACUUGUUGAAUCUACAGGUGUGAAAAAUGCCACACUGCUAAGAUCGAUGUCUCCCUCUGUGUAGGUGCUGGAGGGUCAGCUGGAGGUGCUGGAGGUGGAGGUGGAAGAGCUUGGAGACCAUGUGGAGCAGGCGGUCCAGAACUGGAGACUGGAGGAGCUGAGCCGUCCGUACAGCCGACUCAGCAGCCUGAACCAGCAGCUGCAGCACCAGGCGGCUCUCAGGUAGGAGUGAACCGACUCACCUGUCGGCUCUUCACACAUUUAGAGGAGUCGUUGCUGCGAUAUGAAGACGCUGGGAUGAGCUUUUAGAAGUUCCUGUUCAGAGAGUAUUCAUCACUUUGUCCGUUUGAUGCUGAUAGAAACUUAAAAAAGUCGAUUUUCAGACAGACUCAGAAGUUUCUUUGUUAUUUCUUGUUUUAUUCAUGGACAUUUAUUUGUUCUGAAGUUGAACUCUAAAUAUUUCACAGAGAGCCUCUCAGAUCUAUUGGUGUCGGGAUUGUUUACUCCGAGUUUCUUAAAUUGGAGUAAACUUCCUCCAUUUUUACAGAAAAUCAUCCCGUAUUGAUUUUAUUCUAUGGUCAGGUAGCGAUGAGGGCGCCCUCUGCUGGACCAAACAGAAAACACACCUGUAACAUUCAUGAUUUUAAAUAAUAAACAUUAAAUCAGUUUUCUCUUAUGAAGUAUUUAAAUAUUGAGAAUGAAUAAAAACGCCUUUAGUGUUCUUGAGAUAUGAAUAUGAAAUGUUAUUGUCAUUCCUGACUGCGUCACGUCUUCUCCAUCAGGGGUCAGAGGUUAAAGGAAGUCCUCCACCUGCACGAGUUCAGACGAGAGUCCUCUGAGUUAGAGGACUGGAUGAUCCAGCAGAGACAGACGGCAGAGUCUCAGGACCUGGGCAACGACUACCAACAUGUUCAGGUGAGGCACCGCUAACGGCGCCCUGCAACACACGGGUCAGACAGAGAACGUAGAUCUGAAAUGAACAGAGGCUAACGCCAGCACGAAUAUAUGUACAAAGAAAUAAAGCAGUGACUUAUUUCUGUUCACUAGAAACUUAUUUAUCUCAAAGGUUCUGAGGUUGAAGUUUGUGUUUCAGCUGCUGCGUGGAAAGUUUGAAGGUUUCCUGAAGCAGCUGGAGGUCGGCGAGGACCGACUGCAGAGCUGCGGCGACCUGGCCGCUCAGCUGAUCCACAACAAACAUCCUCAGAGCUCCGCGGUCAGAGAGAGUCUGCAGCAGCUCAGGUGGGUCUGCAGACGAGUGAGAACGAGCGGAGACUAGAGAAUCGAGAGGAAACUCUGUCCUGUUGUUUUAACUCUGAUCAUGUUUGCAGUGCAUGCUGGGAGGAUUUGAAGAGCGUGGCCAGGGAGCGUCAGGAUCAGCUGGAGAGGGCGGAGGAGUGUCACCGCUUCUAUCAAGAGCUGGCCGACGCUCUGACGCUCAUACGGGUGAGGAAACCAUCUUUAAAAUCACGCCGUAUGAAUGUUUAUAACAACAAACACGCCGCCGUCAAAGUCACACUUUGACUCUCUCUGCAGGAGCGACAGAAGAGCAUCCCUGACGACGUGGCCAAGGAUCUGCGUGGAGUGACGUCACAGCUGAGGAAACAUGAGGCUCUGCUCCAUGAGCUGGCGGCGACGGAGCAGCAGGUGAGGAAAUGGCGAGACGACAGCCUGACGCAGCAGAGCAGAGGAGACGUUCUGAUGAUCAUGAUGUUUGUUUUUGUGCUUCGCAGUUACAGGAACAGCUGGACGCCAUCGACCCCAUCCUUGACCUCUGCACGCCUCAGCUGAAGCUCCGCCUGCAGGAGGUGCAACAGGAAGUAGUGGAGCGUUGGGAGGAGCUUCGCCUUCAGGCUGAGCGGAGGGAGGAGGAGCUUAAACUGGCGCAGCAGAGAUACAUGUUUCUGAACACGGUGAAGAAGACAGAGAGACAAACGAUUAAAGAGUUUCUGUUUCUGUUCCCAUCAUGCAUUUCACCUCGAACCCGCCUGUCUUUGUGUCCCUCAGGCGCAGGAUUACCUCCUGUGGUGCAGUCAGCUGAUCGGGGUGAUGGCUGCCGAGGAGAGCAUCAGCGACGUGGCGACCGCAGACCUGCAGCUGGCUCAGCACCAGCAGCUGUGGGCGGAGAUGGAGGCCCGACAGGAGAUGUACCAGCAGGUUCUGGACCUGGGGGAGGAGCUUCAGACCCAGGACAGGAGACACAGGAAGGAGGUGAGACCCUGGAUCACAGGGAGGUGCAGCGCGGUGUUGGAGGUGUCUAACUGUGAUUCCUGCAGGUGAUGGCGAAGCUGAAGGCGCUGCAGGCGGAGCGAGACAAACUGGAGGAGCAGUGGAAGCAGAAACAGAGCUGGUUAGAGACGGUCCACCUGGAGCAGGUCUUCUACAGGGACGUGAACAGCGUGGACAAAACCACCAGCUCUCAGGAGGUACCCACACUCUCCGAACAAAGACCUGAAACACCAGAUUCAUCCUCUGAUGACUGUCAAACCUCCACAGAUCCUGCUGCAGAACAGCAUUCUGGGAAACACGGUGGAUGAGACGGAGGGUCUGAUCAAACGUCACGAAGCUUUUGAGAAGCUGCUGAGCUCGCAGGAGGAGAAGGUCUGAGAGUUUCUCCAAAGAAGUCCAUUUUAAGGAGAGGAUGACUUCUAACUGAUGUUCAUUUGUUUAUCGUUCUUCUUCUCUCUGUUUGGUGCAGCUGUCCUCUCUGAAGGAACUUUCUGAGCGUCUGAAGAAGCAGCUGAGCAGAGAGAAGAGUGGGCGGGUCAAAACCAAACUCAAGGCCCUCCUCCACAGACGGGAUAGGAUCAAGGAGCUGUCCGUCAAACGCAGGGAGGAGCUGGAGCUCUCCAAGAUGUUGUGCAUCUUUAACAGAGAUGUAGCAGAGGUACCUGGAAAACCGCGGAUCCGUUUAUCGCUGUUAUUUUAAAACUUCUGUCUUUGGUUAAAUAAAACAAACGUGUGUGUGUGUGUGUGUGUGUGUGUAUGUGUGUGUGUGUGUGUGUGUGUCAGGCUGAGGAGUGGGUCUCUGAGCGGAUGCAGAAGAUGGCGGAGGACGGUAAAGCCGACCUCAGUAACCUGCAGGCCAAGAUGAAGCUCCUCCAGAAACACCAGGUGUUUGAGGCGGAGAUCCUCGCUCAUGGUCAGAUCAUCGCGUCUGUUCUUCAGGUGAGAAACGACAUGGAGGUCAAACGUGAUGAGAGUCUGAGUGAAGAUGCUGUAAAUUAGAGCUGCAACAACGAAUCUCUAAAAUCGAUAAAAAUUGAUUUAUUAAAAGUAUCAACGAAUUUUAUUAUCGAUUCGUUGUGUCGCGUGGUUAAUUCAUCAUUCGCCAUGACGCAGAGUCAGCCAACGAUGACGGGAUUCAUGGUGGGAAAGACAUCAUGAACACCACAACAAGCAGCUGUCUUGACCAAAAGCGAAAAAUAAAUAUAUUUUUAUUUUUAUUUUAUUUUAAAUAUAUUAAAUAAAUAUAAUAAAAAUAAAUAUAUAAAAAUAAAUAUAUUUUUAUAUAUUAAUUUUAUUUUAAAAUAUAUUAAAUAAAUAUAAUAAAAAUAAAUAUAUAAAAAUAAAUAUAUUUUUAUUUUAUUUUAAAUAUAUUUAAAAAAUAUAAUAAAAAUAAAUAUAUAAAAAUAAAUAUAUUUUUAUUUUUAUUUUUUAAUGUGAUUGAAACUGAACAUCUAAGCAGUAACCUGAUUUUUGUGCACUCGUUUGUUCUGUCAGUUAAAAUGUUCCUUUUUGAAGUAAAGUAGUGAAAAUUAAAAAUGUUUUUGUAUCUGAUCCAUUGAUUAAUCGAAAAAAUAAUUGGCCGAAUCAAUCAAUUCAUAGAAGAAAUAAACGACCGACUCACCGAUUAAUUGAAAAAAUAAUAAUUGACCAAUUCAUCGAGUAAUUAAAAAAUUAAAUUGACUAAUUUGCUGAUUAAUUAAAAAAUAAUAACCGACCAAUUUAUUGAUUAAUCGAAAAAAUAAUUGACCGAUUCAUCAAUUAAUUUUAAAAAACAGUCAAACAAUUCAUCAAUUAAUCAAAAAUAAUUCAUCGUUUCAUCGAUUGAUCAAAAAAAUAAUCGACAGUUUCAUCUAUUAUUAAAAUAAUCAUUAGUCGCAGCCCUUCACUUUAUGAGAUGAACCCUGUUCUUGUUCUGGAACUCCAGGCAGGAGAGAGGCUGGUCUCCCUCCGUCACCCGAAGUCUAAGGAGGUGAAGAGGAGCUCAGCGGCCCUGGAGCUCCACUGGGAGGAGCUGAAGAAGGCGCUCGCCAUCAGAGGGAAAGCUCUGGCAGAUAAUAGAGACUUCCUGGAGUUCCUGCAGAAAGUGGAGGAGGUGGAGUCGUGGAUCAGACAGAAGGUAGAGAAGGAUGGAUGGAUGGAUGGAGGGUUAGUGUUCUCAGUGUGUCUGCGGUGGAUCAUGUCUGUGUCUGAUCCCUCUGUUUCAGGAGGUGAUGAUCAACGUUGGAGAUCUUGGGAAGGAUUAUGAACACGGAGUUCAGCUGCUGAAGAAACUCGGCGAGUUCAGAGGGACGGGCGAUGGGGUGAGAAAUCAAAAUCCAGAUCUCCUUCAUCAUCUUCCUGAAUGUGGAAGUUACUCUGUCAGGUUUUUAUGACCGUUCUUCUCAGACACUGAAGGUUUGUUCCUCUGCAGGAUGUGACGGUGGACGACGCUCACAUCACGGCCAUCAACAGACUGGCGGCUCGUCUGGAGAAGAGGCAGAGCGAUGAAGAGCUGGAGACUGUGAGGCAGAGGAGGCAGCAGCUCAACGACAGGUAACUCCCGGGUUUGACCUCCUCUUUAAUGCGGCGUGUUCUCGCAGCUCUGCGCUCAGCGUCUCGUCUUUGACAGGUGGAGUAAAUUUCACGGAGAUCUGAACAAAUACAAGAAGAAGCUGGAGGGGGCGCUGGUGGUCCACAACCUCAUCAGAGAGCUGGAGGAGGUCCGAGACCGAGCCAAUGAGAAGGUCAGCGUCCUCAAAAACACGUUAGCUCACGUUAGCUCAUCAAAUCAGACUCUGUGACCGUGUCGGGGUCUCUGCAUUUAGAUGCUGCUGCUGCAGGGGCAGGACUGUGGGUUCGACGUGGACAGUGUGGAGAACCUGAUCAGACGCCAUGAGGAGACUGAGAGAGAAGCUGGGGUCAUCCAGGAGAGGUCAAAGGUGAGACACGGAGAGAUUCAGAUGACCAUAUUCAAAUUUCUCUCUCAAAGUCAACGAGAUACGAAGAGGAGGAUGUUUAAAACCAAAGCUGAUGUUUCUCCUGCCAAACCAGAGGAAACAUCUAAACGUUUGAACUGAAAGAGGUCCGAGGACGGAGCUCUGUGGAACUCUUAAUGUCGUCUAGAUAUGCUAGAAGUGGUUUCAGAGAAAAGGCGUCUGUCUUUGUCAGUGGUUCAUAUAUUUGUCUGUCAUCAGUUUAAAAAGUUUAAAGUUUAAACUCCUUCGUUUCCUCUUUUCAGGCGCUGGAGAAGCAGGUUUCUGACCACCUGAAGGAUCGAUCAGUGAUGAGCGACAAGCUGAAGACCAAACAGAAGGAGGUCCAGAAGGUUCUGAGGACUCUGGACAAGGAGGUGAAACAGAGGUGAGGGAGGUCUAAACCUAAAUCAGAGUUUAAUCUGAGUUUAAAUACCUGUGGAGUAAACUCACGGUCACUUUCAGGAAGGAGAAGCUGCAGGAGGCUCAUCAGCUGCAGCUCUUCAAAGCUAACCAGCGCCUCCUGCUGGAGUGGAGUGUCAAACAGAGCAGCGAGAUGGCCGAGAAAGGACUUCCAAAAACCAGAGCCGAGGCCGACCGGCUCAUCGUGGAGCACCAGGACUGGAAGGUCAGAGGGGGCGUGUAGUUCUGCUGUUUCUCUGUAUCGGCCAAUCAGGAGAGAGCUUUGAAUUCUGCCGUCAUUUUAUUCACAGGCGGAGAUCGACGCCCGCGCUGAGCGCACAGACUCGGUCAGAGACUACGGUUCGGGUCUGAUCCGGUCCGGUCACAGCUCAAAGGCGGAGAUCCAGAAAGCGCUGAAACAAAUGGAGGAAGCUAAAGCGGAUCUGGACCGGGCCUGGCAGAAACGCAGCACAACCCUGGAGCAGGCCCGAACCCUGCAGGUGAGACCCCGACCACGACACGAGGGAAAAUAGUUAGACCUUCAUUGGUUCUGACCCGGUUCCGUCUCUGCAGGUGUUCCUGGUCUCAGUGGAGCAGUGUGAGAGCUGGCUCAGCAACAAGGAGGCCUUCCUGUCCAACCAGAACCUCGGGGUAAGAGAGACCUUCACGCUCAGAAGACCAGAACUUUAACAUGAAUAACCAAACCUCACUGUCAGUCUCUGUUCUGGUUCUGGUUCUGGUGCAGAGUUCUGUGACGGAGGUGGAGACUCUGCAGAGGAAGCAGGUCCAGUUUGAGGAUGCUCUGGAGGCUCAGGUGGACCAGCUGGACCAGGUGGAGAAGACGGCCCAGAAGAUGAUCCAACAGAACCACUAUGACUCUGAGAACAUCAGGGCGAAGAGCCGAGCGCUCCACGUCAGGUGAGGACGGUCAUGUGACAUCAGCGACUCAAACUGACAGUAAAAUAAUCGACACUUGAACGCAUCAUAAAACAGAAGAGGUCUAAUAUUUAAAAACACGAGUACAAACAGGUUUGAUUUGAAGGACUUUUACUUUUAAAAGAGUUUUUUUAUACUUCGGUUCUUUAAAGACACUUUAAGAUUUGAGGAAAAGUUUUAACUGUCAAAGUUUUUACAGAGUUUCUGAUUUUUUAAGAUAAAUUUACAAAAAAUUUCUACAAAGAAUUUCCACGACUCCAGUUCUCUGAGUUUACCUGUCUACUUCUCUGUUCACCUGUUUGUAGGCGGAGCCACCUGCAGCAGCAGAGCCGAUCUCGCCACAAAGCUCUGGACCAAUCACUGCAGCUGCAGCAGUUCUUAUCCAGCAGCUAUCAGGUACCGGACUUUACUGGACCACAGCGAACUGGACUGGGUUUGAGAAGAAUCCUGUCUGAUUUCCAACUCUGCUUUUUUAUUGUGUUUGUGUGUGUUUCAGGUGUGUGUGUGGCUGAACGAGCGAAACGCCGUGGCGCUGGAUGAGAACUGGAGGGAGCCGACUAACCUUCAGGCCAAACUGCUGAAACAUCAGAGCUUUGAGGCCGAGAUCCUGGCCAGCCGCUACAGAGUGGACGCUCUGAUGAAGGCGAGUCUGUGAUAGAAAACUUAGUAGACGAUAAUCUUUGUUUACUUUCAGGAAAUUUUUAAACUCUCCUGAUGUUUUCUUACAAAUACUGACUUAAGUCGAGUUUUAAAUGCAGGUUAUAUAAAGGAGUAUUUUGACGUCUGUGUGCAGGAGGGAGAGAAGCUGCUGGAGUCUCGAUCAGCUGAGAUGAAGGUUCGACCUCGACUCCGAGAGCUGACGGACAGCUGGGACGCUCUGAUCAAACACUGCAAAGAGAAGAAGACCAGACUGCAGGAGGCCUACCAGGUACUCAGAGCCAGGACAUCACAGUGCUGCAGGAUUUCUUCACGUGUGCAGACGUUUACUUUUUAAAAUCAAAAACUUAUUUCCAAUCUUUGUCGCUCAGGCGCUGCAGUUCAGUCGCUCUCUGGACGACAUGGAGCAGUGUGUGGGCUCAGUGGAGAGGGAACUGACCAAUGAGGACUGUGGGAGCGACCUGCCGUCCGUCAACAGGCUGCUGAAGGCUCUGCAGGGUCUGGAGGAGGAGGUGGACGGGCACAGAGACCGGAUCCAGGUACAGGUUUCAGUCCGUCUGAACAAAGAGAGAGAGGAAGUGUUUGACUGUCUCUGCAGACCAGAAAACACAGCAGUAGUCUGUCUGUGACCUGAGGUGACCUCUGAUCCGUCUUUCUUUGAUCGUUUUUCAGGCUCUGGUUGAAACAGCGAAGAUGUUUCACUCUCAGGGAAACUUCCUGGCUGAAGAGAUCCAGAUCCGAGUGUCGCACACCAUCAACAGGUCUGAAACCCGGUCCAGAAUCACGACAAGUUCCUCUGCAGUAAAUUCAUGAAUCUUAGGUUGAACCUGCUGAACUGUUUUUAAAAACUUAAACUUGGUUUUAAAAUUUUUUCCUGAAGCUAAUAAUCAGACACCAACACUAAAGACUGACCAGUUCUGACCAGGUCUGACAAAGUAGACUCAGUUAUAAACUCAAACCAUAAAUGACACAAUGGUGUUCAUGUCUGUGUGUGUUUUAAUGUGUCUGUGUGUGUGUUUGUGUCUCCUGUAGAUAUAACAGUCUGGCCGAGCCCCUUCAGAACCGCAGGGACAUCCUGGAGGCCUGGCAGGUUCUGUUCCAGUUCUACAGAGACGUGGAGGAGGAGGUGUCGUGGCUGAGGGACAGACUGCCCUCCAUCACUGCUAAAGACUGGGGGGGCUCUCUGAGCGGGACCCAGCAGCUGCUCCACAAACACCAGGUACCGUCAGAGACCGCGGUCUACAUCUGUGAAAUAAACGUGAUCAUCAGAGCCGUUAAAAUUACUUUAAAACCUCAUUUAAAACCUUUUAACAGUGAAGAAGUCUGAUACUGACGUUUAUUCAAACCGUUUCAGGCAGUGAUGCAGGAGAUCUCAGGCCGCGCCCCAUUGGUCCAAGCAGUUCAGGAGGCGGGGCAUAGUCUGGUGAGGCGCCGUCAUCCAAUCAGGACACUUGUGAAUAAUGUGAUAUAAAAAAACAUGUAGGAGGAGGAGCUACACGACCUCAUCUUUUUGACCUUUGCAGGUCAGGGCUCGCCAUUUUGCGUCUCAUGACAUCAGAGAGCGUCUGGAUGAGCUGAAGAGUCUCCAUGAGGAGCUGCAGAGGGAGGCGGAGAAGAAGGGGAAGCUCCUGCAGGAGGCGCUGAGCAUCCACACCUUCCUGGCUGAGGUAGGACUCUGGAAACAGAGAGUUUGUCGUGGUCGGUGUUUCCUGUUCCCGCUCACCUGUCCAGGUGUUUGUCUCCACAGGUGUCUGAGCUGCAGCUGUGGGUGGAGGAGCAGCAGGCGGGGCUGGAGUCUAAGGACUGCGGGAGGAGCGAGGAGGCGACGGAGGCUCUGCUGAGGAAGCUGGACUCUGUGGACGUGGAGUUGGAGAACCAGAGGAGGACGGUGGAGAGGCUGCAGGAGGGCGGAGCUUCACUGCAGCACCUGGGACACCCCAACAGGUAAAAACACGCGGGCUUGGUGCUCAAGAUCCAGCUGGAUUGGAGGAGCAUGUGUUCUAAUACAGCGACCCAAUCACAAGGUUCUGUCUCUGUCCCUCUCAGCCACCUGGUCUCUGAGUCCCUCCCAGAUGUCCUGGAGCGAUUCGAGACCCUCCUCAGACUCUCAGCCGCUCGCCGUGCCGCUCUGGAGGAUCAGCUCCGCCUCUAUGUGUUUGAGAGGGAGGCCAAAGAACUACAAACAUGGCUGACCUCCAAGAAGUCCCAUGUAGAGUCCAAAGACAUCGGGCAGGAUCUGGAGGACGUAGAGGUGAGUCAUGAAGACCAGGAGGUUCAGUUCUGUGACGAAAUAUUGGGAUGGUCUUUAAAAAUCUUGAAAAGGUUUUAAAUUAACUUUAAGAUUCCUGUAUAAACCCUGUUGAUACAGCCUCAAUCUCCUCCUCCUCCCUCUCUGUCUGCAGGUCCUCCAGAAGAAGUUGGAGGUUCUGGUUUCAGAGAUGUCAGGUCUGGGUCGCAGCCGCCUGACGUCGGUCCAGCAGCUCUGCAGAGGGCUGCAGCAGGACGACCAGGCCAGGAGGAGGGACGACACCCUCAGCCAGCUGUGGGAGGACCUGAACAGCAGCAUCAGGACCAGAGAGACGGUGAGAGGGUGGAGACCAGGUACCAGAGCGGGGUCAGGGGGUUUGGUCUGAGGGAAGAUAACAAUCUGGUCUGUGUCUCCUCAGGAUCUGCAGUCAGCGAGAGAGAUCCAUCAGUUUAACCACGACGUGGACGAGCUGAAGGGCUGGAUGGCAGAGAAGGAGGCUGUGCUGGACUCUGAGGACCAGGACCACGAUCUGCACUCCAUCCAGACUCUGCUGAGACAACAUGAAGCCCUGGAGGUAGGACGCCAAGAGCGCAGGAAGGAGGACGGUCUAAAGAGUGUUUAAACUGGGCAGGACUGAGUGUUUAUCUACUGUGAAUAGACUCAGAGUUUAGUUCAUGAAAAAGUGAAAAAAAACACGAACAUUUUAAUAGUUAUACUAAUAAUAAUAUUAUUAAGAUAAGCUAGGGUUACAAGAACAAGAAAGUCUUUAAAGUCAGUGGGUUUUUUUUGUUUUUGUUUUUUUACUUUAUUUUUAUUUUAUUUUUUAUUUUCACUUUUUUAUUUUAUUUUUACUUUAUUUUUAUUUUACUUUCGAUUUUAUUUUUACUUUAUUUUAUUUUUAUUUUAUUUUUAUUUUAUUUUUAUUUUAUUUUUAUUUUAUUUUUAUUUUAUUUUCCAUUUUAUUUUUUCUUUAUUUUUACUUUAUUUUAAUUUUAUUUUUACUUUAUUUUUAUUUUUACCUUAUUUUUAUUUUAUUUUCUAUUUUAUUUUUUCUUUAUUUUUACUUUCUCUAUAAUGAGUAACUGUAAACUUGCACGGCGACAGAGCAACACACAACAGCUAAUCUUUGGUCAAACAGUCCAGAGAUGUUUAAUUCAGAUGUGAAGAGGACCGAGUUUAUGUCCCUGAGGUUCACCAAAUAUAACUGUGGAUUUUCACAUAUUAAAAUAAGGUUUAACAGGCGGAUAAUCAAAGCUGAACUGUGAAUAAUUCAACCUGAAAAUGCGGGUUUAUCCCCUUUCUUUUCCUCAGAGAGUUAAUAUUGUAAAGUAAAAAGGUCCCAGUUUAUUGCCCUGAGGUACACCAAAUGUAACCAUGUGGGUUAAACUUUCCAGAUACAGGAUUUUAAAGUAAAGAGAGCGAAGAAACCUCUCUCUUUGUUUUAAUUUGAGAUCGCAGGUAUCAGUGCAGGUCCUGAUGUUUGUGUCCUCCUACAGAGGGACCUGGCUCUGAUCUCUGAGGAGCUGAAGAGGAGCAGAGAGGAGGGCCGGUCUCUGAGCAGGAGGCAGCCUCAGGCCCGACACGCCGUGACUCAGAGGCUGGAGGAGCUGGAGGUCUGCUGGACCAGCAUCCAGGACAAGGCCUCCAAACGCCGAGCCCGACUGGGUCAGGCUGAAGACGUGCAGAGAUACUUAUCAGACCUGAGUGAGCUGAUGUAGGUGACGUCUUUACCUCUGAGCGCAGAAAUACACCCGUCUGAGUGUGUGUGUGUUUCUACAGCAGAUAAUUUCAUGUUGAAAGUUAUAAAAGAUGGAGUCUAAAGAGCGAGCCGGUCCAGUCUGAACUCUGUGUUUGUCUCAGGGCCUGGCUGAAGGAGAUGUUGUCCCUGAUACGAGGAGAAGCUCUCAGCCUGGAGGGAGCGGACCUGGAGCAGCUCAUCAAAAAACACGAGGAGUACCGAGUCCAGAUGGACCGACAACUCAGCAAAUCCCAGGCUGUGAAGGAGGAGGGGAGGCGUCUAAGAGAGGAGGGGAACUUCAUGUCCAAGGAGGUGAGACACUCUAAAGACACAUCAAAGAUCUGAGCUCGACCUUCUGACCAUCCUGACCUUUGUCUGCUCUGUUCCUGUCCUCCUCUGAGGUGGAGGAGCGCGUCUUGGAGCUGGAGGAGCUGGAGGAGCAGCUGGAGAAGGUUUGGGAGGAAACCAAGCUGCUGUACGAGGAGGAGCUGGAGAUGGCUCUCCUGAGGAGGGAGCUGGAGCAGGCGGAGCGCUGGCUGAGCUCCUACGAAAACACCCUGAUGGCCGAGGACUACGGGGUGAGUCCAGACCAGAUCAGAGUCAGAGUCAGUGGGGAUCAGGGUGAAGGUCAGGACAUCUCCUAAAAACAUCUGUAAAUACGUCUCUGCUGUAUUUCAGGACUCUGUGUCAGACGUCAUGGAGCUCCUGAAGAGGCAGGAGGACUUGGAGGCCAUGAUCCAGGCCCAGAGCGAGCGCUUCAUGGCUCUACAGAAGAAGAAAACACAGGUCGGUGGUCAUAGAGGACGAGCGAGUUAAAGGAAAACAAACAAACAAAUCGAUCAAGUCCGUGAGUUAAAACGAGUGUUUUUUCAAUGAGGUUUGGUGAGUUUGUUUCAGCUGUUAAAGGUCAUGUAAACGCCUCAGUGCUGUACACUUUAAACCAAAGAAACAAAAAUGAUUAUGAGUAAACAUGGACCUUCAGUGGAUCCACCAUGGACCUGCUGCAGGAGAACAUCAGGAGACAUCUAGAGUCUGAAGUCUGUGAGAAAAAGUCGAUUUUUCUCUUUAAAUCUGAUUUUUUUUAUCCUCUCAGAGGGAGAAGAGACUGAACCUUCAUGGAAAUGAGGGCGUGGACUCAGAGGACAGAAAACCUCCAGCCAGAGUUUCAUCUCUGAGGAGGAGACCUUCAGAUCCAAGGAUGGUGAAGGUCUCCUCCUCCUCCUCCUCCAUCAUUCGUCGAGUCAGCAGCGGCAGAACCGACAGAACCACCCGUCCCUCCGUGUUGGAGAAGAAAACCAGUCUGACGGCUUCUGCUGGCUCCACAUCCAGUCCACCUCCACACCUGGACUCAGACUGGAGGAGGAGCUUCAGGACCAGGAGGAGUUUAGAUGGAGAAGAAGAGUCCAGCAGUUCCUCUGAGAGUCCCAGAUCCAGCCCACUUCUGAAGACCAGGAGGAGUCGAACCAGCAGCUCAGGCUCCCCGUCUCCAAAACCUCCUCAGUCUCCUCCACCCAAACCUCGAUCCUCUCCUCAGACCUCCAUCUCCUCUCCAUCCACGGAGACUCCUGAGGAAGAACCACGUCCCAGACCCAGAUUCAAACCUCCUCUGGCUCCAAAACCAAGACUGUCCUCCACAGAUGGACCUUCAGAGAACCUCUCCACACCUCCUGACUCUCCUCCUCCUCUCGUCAGAUCUCUUGUUGCUCCCUCUGAACCUCCUCCUCCUCCUCCACCUGUUGUUGCUCGGAGAUCCUCCCCUCCUCUGACAAGGAGACUCCCUGAAGACCUGACUCCUGAUGUCCCCGAUUCUCCACCACCAAUCACAGAGGAGGACUCUGCAUCAGCUGACCUCUCUCCACCAAUCAGAGAGCUGCCUCCGUCACCUCCACAGAGACAGAGGAGGCUGGAGGAUCUGCCAGAGGAGGAGCCCGGGUCCAAACCAGAACCAGAAUCAGAGGUAUGAAGUGUAGAUAAAUAAACUGUCUAAUCUUCAUUGGUUCUGAGAAUCUGAUUGGUUCUUUUACACCUGUUCAGGUAAAAACAGAUCAGCCAAUCAGGAUGGAGGGGACGCUGGAGAUCAAACUGAAACAAGGAGGAACCAAGGUGAGAGAGAAGUGACGUGAGACUGAAGAAGAGUUUAUGAACGUUUGUUCAGAAGAGGAGAACAAAGACGACCUCCUGAAUCUCCACGCUGUUCUCCGGUUUGUGAUUGGCUGACAGGUGUCUCUCUCUCUCUCUCUCUCUCUCUCUGAUUGGCUGCUGCAGGGUCUGGAUCACUGGGAGGAGGUGUUCGCCGUUCUUCAAGGAGAGACGUUCAGUUUGUUCAAAGACAGAGCGGCUGCUGCACAGGUACGAAAAACAAACAAACACUCACCUGUGAAAAAACAGAGAAGAGAUUAAUCUGUGUGUGUGUGUGUGUGUGUGUGUGUGCUGCACUUCCUCAGAGGACCUCUAGGUGGCCUCCUAUCAACAUGGUUGGAGCCGUUUGCAGAGAGAACGUUUACUACAGGAGGAAAGAGCACACCUUCAAACUGAUGUGAGUCUGUGGAACAAAAAACAAAAACAGUCACAUCAUCGUUUCACACAAACAGCCCUGACCUCUGACCCUGUUUACCUCAGAUUACUCUUUAUUUAUUAUUUAUUUACUCUCAUUUAUUGAUCUUAUUUAUUGAUCUUGUAUUCCUAUUUUUAUUACAGUUUUUGCUUUUCCUCGUUUUUACCUCACUUGUUUUUUUCUUAUCUUGGUUUAUAUUUCUCUAUAAUUUGUAAACGCUUAAAAACACAUUUCUUUAAACUUUUAGAAGGAUUUAUUCUGAAAUGGUGUGUGUGUGUUUGUGUGUGUGUGUGUGUGUGUUUGUGUGUGUAUAUAUACAGACUGGAGGAUGGCAGUCAGUACCUGUUUGCAGCAUCCAGCAGAGACCUCCAGCUGCUCUGGAUAAAGAAACUCCAGAACGUCCCUGAAUCUGCCAGCAGCGACUCUGACGACUCCGGGUAAACACACACACACACACACACACACACACACACACACACACACACACACACACACACACACACACACACACGCACACGAGCUGUUGUCGUCUGUUGUUCAAUCAAAAGUCUGAAUUUUAAAACUCCUGAUAACUGAGCUGAUAAUAAUAAAUAGAGAGGUGAUAUAAGGUAACAGAGCAGAGGGAGGGAUCACUGUUAGUAUUUUAUUUAAGUGUAAAUAUUCUCACUGAUACAAACUCAGUGAUGGAGGAAUCAUCAGCUGUUAGAGGAUGAAGUGCUGUCGUCACAGAAACACAGAAAAGUGUCAAAGUGGGACAGAUUUAACAAACAGUUAAACGGACCUCCACAGGACUUCAGACGAAGAUGAACGUUUUUAACAUCGACUGAAAAUACCGACGGUGCAAAAGUGUUUAGAAAUGUGUUGGUUCACCUCAUGGUUCAGCGUCUCUUCUGUGACGGUUUGAAGUCAACGUCUAAAUGAAACGUCGGUUUGUCGUCCUUCAGGAGAGCGUCUUCAGUCAACCUGAGUCUGGAGAAGUUAGCCGAGGGGUCGGAGGAUUCAGCGUCGACUCGAACAUUCGGCAGAAGAACUGAGAGUCUGGAGAGACAGUCGUCUACAGAGGGGACGCCUCCUCCAAAACCUCCUCACACCUACUACAACAAACACCACUACCCUGAGGAGGAGGAGGAGGACCGGACCUCAGGUGAGACCACAGGACGGCUGCAGGUUCAGGUUUAACUUUGUUGUUAAUUUACAGGUAAAUAAAUACAUGAAUGUUCAGGUGGAAACUGAAACGCGUGUUUUUGACCCUCUGAAGGGUUUUUAGGAUCAUCUGUUGGACUUGAUCACUCUUCAGGUUCUCUGAGCCGUCGAGUCCAGCCUCCAUCAGCAGCUCCUCCUCCUCCACCUCCUGAAUCCCAGGACGUCUCCUCGGCUGCAGCCUCCACCGUGUCCGACGACAAUCCCAACAAGUCGAGGAGGAACGUCUUCAGGAAGUUUUUCACCAAGAAGUAG